AAGCGUCGGCUCCAAAAUCUGCAAGAUGGUCGCGUCCAUAGCAAACCUGUUAAAGCCGUGGACUCCGAGGUUGUGUGCAGUGCGGUGGAGCCGCUAUAACCCAUACUACCUGGAGCCGGAGACGGAUAAGGAUGUAUAUAAGAUCCCAGAUACAGAGCUGAGUCCAGAGCAGAAAGAAGAAAAAGAGCUGAAAACUACCCGACCAAUCAAAGCUGCAGCAACCAGCAUCACCAGCUCACCCUUUAAUGACCCAGUCAUAAGCAAGUUCAUCAAUAUGAUGAUGCAAGAUGGCAAUAAAGUUCUGGCCAGAGAAAUCAUGACACAGACUCUAGAGACUAUAAAGCGGAAACAGGUGGAGAAAUACCACAGAGCUCCAGCAGCAGAAAAGGAAGCCAUCGAGUGUAAUCCAUACACAAUAUUCCAACAGGCCAUCGAAAACUGCAAACCAGUCAUUGGACUGGCCAGCAUUCAGAAAGGAGGAAAGAAUUACCAGGUCCCCAUCCCUCUGAAGGACAGUCGCCGGCGUUUCCUGGCCAUGAAGUGGAUGAUCACGGAGUGUCGAGAAAACAAGCACCGCCGUACACACAUGUACGAGAAACUCUCCCAGGAGCUGCUGUCUGCUUUCACCAACGAGGGAAACGUCAUCAAACGCAAACACGACCUUCACAAGAUGGCUGAAGCGAACAGAGCGUACGCUCAUUACCGCUGGUGGUAGUGGAAGAAAUACAGACUUGUGAUUAUUCUGUAGUCAUGCAUCUUCACUUGGACUUAUGUUGGAAGAGUUGGUGGACUGCUGCACUUAAAGCAAAGUGAACAUCAGAUCAUUUGUUCAUCAAUGUUGACAGUGAUGGCUGUUUAAAUGACAACAAGCUUCUAGCUUUCACUGUUUAACCAGAUAACGUAAGUCAAAGCUCAAACCUGUUUUAAGUUAUUCAGCUUCUUCAGAUAUCCUCUGUGAAACAGCCCCCGUUUUCAUUAUGUUGUUAAAACAUGGGAGGGUAUACUGCAAGCUAUUUGGUUCAGUUCCAGGUAACAGUGUGUUGAACCCUUUGUAGUUUUGUUCAAUGCAGUCACUUUAACAUGAGCUCUAAAUUAACAUGCUGAGGUAUAAAUCUGUAUGAAGACCUAUAUACCAGAAUUCAGAGUCAUCCUGAGGUCUGUUCUCCAUAAUAAUAUUAAUAUACAUGUGUUUGUGUUUAUGAAUGAAUGUCAGUUUAUUAUAGCUUUUUCUUUGAGUCCUUUGGAUCUUUUUCAGAAGUACUUUAGGAUUCACUAGUGAUUGAGUAAUCUACUGAUUAUUGAAUAAAAAAAAUUAAAGGAAAUAAAUGGACUUAACUGGAUAAUAACAAAUACAUAGCCUUUCAAUGAAUCCAAAAUACUUAACUAGAACAAAGAAACUAGAAAACCUUUCAAAUCAGUAUGUGGUAAAAAGAAAUAGCAUAUAAACAGGUUUUAUAUUAUAGACAAGAGUAGUAGGGGAAUUUAAUAACUCUUUAUUUGGACUGCCCACUGUAGAUGCUUUGUAGAUGCUCAUGUAUCAUUUAACUUUGUCAACAAAAUCAAAAAAAUCAACAUUGAUGAAGAUUACAAUAGUAGAUAAUUCACUCACACUGCUGGAAGACACAUUCUUCAGAAAGUUUAGCUCUUGAGAAGGGUUCUACUCUUUUUACCGAAACGUAACCAAAGUUCCAAAAUGUUCUGGCGCAUGUUGAUUGCCAUUACACAUCUUCAACUUUAACCUCAACCCCAAACCACUAACCCUCACCUUGGUCCUAAUAAUUGGAACAUUUCAGAUGUCCCUUACAACAUGUUCAAAUUUCAUUAUGAAUGGACCAGAAUAAAAGCUGAAAUUAUUAUUAUUUGAAAGUAUAUGAAUUAAUUUUGAGUGUUAUGUUGCAUGGCCACCAAAAUCAGUAAAACAUGGCCUAUUUUGGCCUCUCGCUAGUAUUACAUAUUCUUUAAGCAGAUGACGUCAAGUAUUAAACACUUUAACUUGCGUUAAAA